UUAUCUACAUUGCCCUAAUUCUCUUACACGACUUUUUGCUUCCCAGCAGCAUCCAAGACCGCAGCCCGAAUGAACCAGUGGGCUUUUGAUGCGGGACGAGCCCAACGGACUGUCUGAAGACCAUGAGACAUUUGCUAGUGAACAAUGCCGACUGCGGAACAAACGGUCGGCGUUAUUGAUGCUAGAGAGUCCAGCCCACGCCACUGGCGAGUUGGAACGCUGGGACGUUGUAAGUGCAUGCUUUGAGAUGUUAAUGUAUGUUCAUUUCCCUGAGGAGUGUCUCCAAAAGCACUUUUGGAACAGCGAGUAGGAACUGUACUUCAAAGCACCACAUACGAUCAAGCUAAUUAGCGGGCUGGACGCAUGGUGUUUCGUACGUAAGGCCGGUCAACGGUAAUGCUGCAGGUCUUACCGACAGCGUCCAAUGCGUCAGAAUAGCCAGGCAUUGUCGUACGGGUUGCGUUCUGCGUUUCGAAUAGCUGUGGCAUCCGCUCUACCUAAGGGUUGCGGUAGGCUCACCGCAGGAUUGUGAAAUAACGCACUGCUC